ACAUUACACCAAGUUUGUAUACAUACUAACUUAAAACCACUGAUAGAUCCAUGUUAUAACUCUGAACGAAAUUCAAAAUUUAAUUGCGCUAGCUAUUGAAAAAUCGAAUAUUAAAUCUAUAACACAAAUAGGUAUGUAUAUACAAAGUUUCGAAUCUUAAUUCAAAAUACAGUGGAAAAUUGUUUGAUAUAUAGGCAAGACACAAGUACUAUCGUUGGAAUAUCUUUAAAUGAUAAAAUAUGGCGGAAAAUGUUGAAUGGAAUGAUGCAAAAUUCGAUUUGGUGUUUGAUCUCAUGGAUCCAGAAGGAACUGGGAAGUUAUCAUUUAAUGACGUCAAAGAAAAGUUUUUGGCAAAGGCUCUACGACGAAUGGGCCAUAACCCAACUGAUACAGAAAUAGAACAGUAUCUUAAUGACAUGGACACAAACAGAGAUGGCUUUGUCAGUAAAUCUGAGUUCAAGGAAUGGAAUAAAGGCUUUAUUGAAGCUUUCAAUAACCCCGAGAAGUCAUUACAAAUGGCCGUCAAAAUAAUGUUUAGAGCGUGUGAUUUGAAUGCUGACGGGAGAAUAAGUAAAGAUGAAUUUCGUCAAUUCAUGAGUAAGAAUGGAAAGGCCUUAACGGACGACGAGCUUACUUUGCUUUUCACCAUAGCAGAUAAAGAUGGAGACACAAGUACACUGAAUCUGGAAGAACUUCUGUGUAUUUUGAGAGUAGGAAAACUUUUUAGUCAAAAUAAGAAAAAGUGAAAAAAAAAAUCAUCAAGGAAAAGAAAUUAACAGAUGCAGUGUUGAAACUAUACCACUAGGAAGAAAAACUACAAAUUACUAAUUUAUUAUCCAUAACUCAUAUACUCGACGUUUCGUUACAAGUUAAAAGACAGUGAUCUGAAGUUACAUGUGAAGAGAAGCACGCUGCCACAUGCACUGACAAUCAAAGGGAAAAUAACUCUGUGGUUUCUAUUGACUACAACUUUUACAAGAUUUACUUCCCAAUACCUUUUACGCAAAUGUUUGCGAUUGGCAUAUUAUUCAAAUGAUUUUGCAAUGGAAAUCUUUUUAUUGCAUUGUCUGGAAAAUACUGCAUAACCAGAGAAAUAUAUAUUUCCAUUAUAAAAUGUGUAUUGUAAAAGUAUAACUGAAGUAGGUUUCAGUGAUGAAGAAAUAUUGUUUUA